AUACAAGGAAGGGCCAAGACAGUGUAAGUGUAAGCUAAAGCCAAAGCCUUUGUUAUUCCAAACACCAAACUCUCUCCUCUCUCUCUCUCAGAUGAUUCAUCUAAAAACCCUAAUUCUCUCUGUUUCCAUUUCUGGGUCAAUGUAUAUUUUCUAAAACCAAUUUCCAAGAAUAAUAAAAAAAGUUUGAUUUUUUCUUAUUUUCGGUUUUUCUCAAACUGGGUACUCAUAAAAUCACCUGAUCACAUUUCUUCUUUUGUAAAUUCUACAUUUUUAAUUAAUUUAUUUUUCUGGGCUUCUAUAAAUAAGCGAUUCUCUUCAAUUACUCAAAUUUGUCUUUUCAUUACUAGUCUAAAAAUUUAAUCUUUUUUGUUUUUUAAGCUUAAUCUUUUUGAGGGUUUUUGUGGGUUUGUCUUUGAUUUUUCAUCCAUGGCUACGGUUGUUGCUGACAUUUCAGCUGAUGCAAACAAAAUGGACUCAAAACCAAAGGCUGAAUCUGAAUUCAGUGUUCAGAAACUUGUUGACAUGUUCACAAAGUUGAAUCCUUUGGCUAAGGAGUUUUUUCCUUCUUCUUAUUCUCCUAAUCAUGAUCAGACUCGUCAGGGUUAUAAUCUGCUUACUCCUAACAAUUUUCUGGUUAAUACUAAGCCAUCUGCUAAUGAUAAUAACCCAAAUAAUCGAAGGAGGAGAAACAAUUUUACUCAAGGGAGGAGAAGGUUGAAUGGAAGAUCACUAAAGGCUCAAAGGGAAGAUAGCGUUAGAAGAACCGUAUAUGUUUCUGAUAUUGAUCAGCAUGUUACUGAGGAGCGGCUUGCAGCCUUAUUCACCAACUGUGGACAAGUCAUUGAUUGCCGAAUUUGUGGUGAUCCGCAUUCAGUUCUUCGUUUUGCUUUUGUCGAGUUUUCAGAUGAACAUGGAGCAAGGGCUGCUUUGAACCUUGGUGGUACUGUGCUCGGAUACUAUCCAGUUAGGGUCCUUCCUUCAAAAACUGCUAUCCUUCCUGUGAAUCCUACAUUCCUUCCUAGGUCAGAUGAUGAGCGGGAAAUGUGUACCAGGACUGUCUAUUGUACAAAUAUUGACAAAAAGAUUUCUCAAGCUGAAGUGAAGAAUUUUUUUGAAUCAGCUUGUGGCGAGGUUACGCGCUUGAGGCUUUUGGGGGACCAGGUGCAUUCAACUCGAAUUGCUUUUGUGGAAUUUGCAAUUGCAGACAGUGCCAUCGUUGCACUUAACUGUAGCGGCAUGCUCUUGGGAACCCAGCCUAUCAGGGUAAGUCCUUCAAAGACUCCAGUGAGGCCAAGGGUCACUCGUCCAGUAUCGCGUUAACCGAUCGGACAUGGUACAACCAAGACUUGAGAGGAUAUUUAGUCAACUUUCCAGUUGAGACUUGUAUGGAAAGGGCAGUGAAAUUGCCUUUUGUUUCAGUUAUUUCCAUCUUUUUCCGUCGCAACUGUUGUUACUUUUUUGUUGCCAGAGCCUUUAGAUGUUCUGCUCUAACUUAACUUUCUAGGUACCCCCAGUCUUGAUCUUAAACUAUUUUACCAUGUCUACAUUUAAGUUAUUUAGUUUCAGUUA